AUGCUGUCUAGGAAGACUACUGAGGACUCUCAUGGCCAAGACUCUUCUUACUUUCUAGGAUGGCAAGAGUACGACAAGAAUCCUUAUCACCACAUUCGAAACCCAACCGGAAUCAUUCAGAUGGGACUCGCAGAGAAUCAGCUCUCAUUUGACCUUCUUGAAUCAUGGCUUGAGAGAAAUCCUGAAAUUGUGGGGAUGAAGCAAGAUGGGGUAUCUGUAUUUAGAGAGCUUGCUCUGUUCCAAGAUUAUCAUGGAUUACCUGCUUUAAAAAAGGAACUGGUGGAAUUUAUGUCCAAAAUAAGAGGAAAUAGAAUAAAAUUUGCUCCGGAGAAGCUGGUCCUUACCGCUGGUGCCACUCUUGCUAAUGAGAUUAUGAUGUUUUGCCUUGCUCAUCCAGGAGAGGCUUUCAUUCUUCCCACACCCUACUAUCCCGGGUUUGAUAGAGAUCUGAAAUGGAGAACAGGGGUUGAGAUUGUUCCAUUGCAUUGCUCAAGUUCAAAUGGUUUCAGAAUCACGUCCUCUGCUUUAAAACAAGCUUAUCAAAAGGCACAAAAGUUGAAUCUCAAAGUGAAAGGGGUCUUAGUAACAAACCCCUCGAACCCACUAGGAACAACCAUGACCAAAGCGGAACUUAACCUUCUAAUUGAUUUCGCAAUCGAGAAGAACAUUCACAUAAUCAGCGACGAAAUCUACUCGGGCACGGUCUUCGACCCACCCGAAUUCGUGAGCAUAAUGGAAGUUGUGAACGAGAGAACAAGUAGCAUCAACAACAUUCGGAAUCGUACUCACAUAAUAUACAGUCUCUCCAAAGAUCUCGGAGUACCAGGAUUUAGGGUGGGGAUGAUUUACUCUGAAAACGAAACGGUGGUGGCCGCCGCAACAAAAAUGUCAAGCUUUGGAUUGGUUUCAUCACAGACUCAACAUUUGGUGGCCAACGUGCUGAAGGACAAGAAGUUCGCUUUCAAUUACAUUGAAGAGAAUCAGAGGAGAGUGAAGAGGCGCAUGGAGAUGCUAGUUUGUGGUCUGAGAAACGCAGGGAUUCAGUGCUUGAAAAGCAAUGCAGGGUUGUUCUGUUGGGUGGACAUGAGACAUUUGUUAAGCUCUGCGAGUUUUGAGGCAGAGAAGGAGCUUUGGAUGAUGAUUCUUUGCCAUGUUGGGUUGAACAUAUCUCCUGGCUCUUCUUGCCACUGCUCUGAACCUGGGUGGUUUAGGGUAUGUUUUGCCAACAUGUCCGAAGCCACGUUAAAAGUUGCAAUGCGGCGAAUGAAGGCUUUUAUAGAUUCAACCGUCUCUGUUGUCAACGACAACGGUUGUACUUGUGAGCAAUCUGUCAGGGUCAAUUGCUGAGUGGGGGAACUCGUAUGCUUCGUUAACCUUCUAUUCUCUACAUUUCCAGAUUAUUG